UUGACGAUCAGUCACGAACGUCCAUUACAACGCGGCCGAUUAUUAUCCGAUCGUGUUUAACUGGAGGUACGCAUGUACGAAGCUUCUGUAAAAUUAAAAUUAUAUCAAAUCAUCGAAGAGUUUAUACGAAUUCGUAUCGGACAAUAGAAACUCUAUGAAAUCUGAUGUACGACAAACAGUGCCAAGGUUUGACAAGAACCGAAAUCAACAAUGAUACCGUAUUGGGAAAUUGCCAUUUUCAUGCCCAUUGAAACAGAUAAAUAAUUAUUACUCGAAGACGCCGGAAGUGCGUCCGGUGGCAGUGGUGUGUCGUCUUUUGCGUAAUCUUUGCUACGGCAUAAUUGGACGCGGCACGUGAAUUCCGGAAGGGGAAAUACCCGGAGGAGAAGAUAGCAGAAGACACACGCAUUACUGGUUCUCGCACUAACGGAUGAGCACAUGGUUCAGUGAUGUCCAGAAAAAUGGGAGCUUCGACUCCCUCGUACUAUCCAUCUGAAGCAGAUUUCGUAGUUAAGACACCUCAAAAAUCAAUCAAAUCAUGUAAACCUCGUCGUCAUUCCGAUCAAAUUCAAUAUAUUAGCUUGAUCGGACUAAUGCAAGUGGUCACCGGAUGUUUAAUGGUAGUUUUUGGCGUGUUAUCGAUGUUGCACGAUGCUUCCUUAUCCAGCGUAGGUGCCGGUCUUUGGAGCGGAGCAAUGGCAAUGGGAAACGGAGUUGUUGGGCUUAUGGCCAGUUUGAACGGAUGUCUUUCGCCGGACAGGACCUUAACACCAUUAUCCGUAACAAUCUACCUGGCUCUGUGUUUAGUUUCCGUGGGUGUCAGCAAUCUAGCUAUAAUACUUACGGCUAUUGGACUCCUGAAGGACUCGCAGAAACCAUUUUACAUCGUACCCAAAGACAAGACGCAAUACAAAACCCUGACGGCAGAUCAGCUACAAACGAACUGGGCUCCUGUACUAGCAAACUUAGGGUUACUGCUGGCAACGUCCGUGCAAUGUCUGACUACUAUGCUGGCUGCUUUCCGUUUCUACCGACUUGUCAGGUUGAUCGUAUCCGGCGAACAGCAAAUGGCAUGGUCCCACACCAGACACAGAAGUCCGUCGUGUUGCAGCUCCAGCGUGGGCAGCAAACAGAAACUCGUGCAAAAGUGGUUGGUGCAACAGACUCCGUCCCUGGAUCGACCGCAUCAAAAAGUGAACUAUCCCGGGCCAGGAUAUGGUAACAAAUUGAGCAUUUACGAUGAAACAGGAGCAUUGCCUAAGUGGAAAAGCAAAACAAUACAAAAGCCAAAACCUACAAGAAUGGAGAAACGAGAAAGAAGACCAUCCAAUGAUUUGGAUAUACAUAGAAUAUACACAGGCAUGGACAGAGAAAUUGUUGAAGAAUUUAUUUCUGUUACAAUGGAUCCAAAGCACUACAGUUAGUAUUGUAUAAACCAAUUGUUUUGAUGAUAAAUUCAGGAGUUGUCGCCCACCCGACAGGUGGAAAUCUCCCUCCACUUGAUGUAGUUCAAUUAAUUAAUGAAUUUUCAAAAUUCUAAGGAAUUAUCCUAAUAAUAUACGAAUAUAUAUUAUGAAUAUUUACUAUAAAUAUAUAGUUCAGACUAUCAAUGCAUUUCAUACGAAA